ACGUUUAUAUUUAUGUAGGGAAAAUGCAACCAAUAUUACAUUACGUGCUGGUGCUUCCGAGACUAAUCAAACAGCAAGAACACCAAUUACUGUAGAGGAGGUGUUCCUUCAUCCCAUGUACAAUGAAACAACGCUAGACUACGAUAUAAGCAUUCUCCGCCUGGAUGAAGAUCUUGUUUUUGGAAGAACGAUUGGCCCAGUUUCUUUACCACCGCCCAAUGUCGUUUUACCUGCAGGAACUAUGGCUACCGUUGCUGGUUGGGGUGAUUUAUCAGAUGGAGGCGUAAUCCCAACUCAAUUGCAGGCAGUAACUAUACCAAUUAUUUCCAAUGAAGAAUGUAUUCGUCAUUACAACGGCACCUUUGCCCUUAUUAGUGAUAGAUCGCUAUGCGCUCUUUAUGCACCAGGAGGAAGAGAUGCUUGUCGUGGUGAUUCUGGAGGACCAUUGACAGUGAACGGUGUGCUUUAUGGAGUGGUGUCUCAAGGUAUAGGCUGUGCGGAUCCCAGAUACCCAGGAAUUUACGCCAAUGUCUCAAAUUUACGCUCCUUUAUCGAAGAUGUUACAGGGCUGUAAUUAUUUUCAUACCAUUUGCAUUUGUAAAUGUUCAUCGUAAUAAAUAAAGAACUUAUACUGUUAUAGCUUA